UAAAAGGCUCAUCCGACCGUUGGAGUGACACAUUCAAUUGAACUUGUGCACGUUGCACUGCAGUUCAACUGAGCUUUGGUUUAAUUGACUAUCCGUCGCCACCAUCAAACUCGACAUCAUGCGUGAGUGCAUCUCGGUUCACGUCGGCCAGGCCGGAGUGCAGAUCGGAAAUGCGUGCUGGGAGCUGUAUUGCCUCGAGCACGGCAUCCAGCCAGACGGCCAGAUGCCGUCCGAUAAAGGCGUAGGAGGAGGAGACGACUCCUUCAACACGUUUUUCUCGGAAACUGGCGCUGGUAAGCACGUGCCUCGUGCCGUGUAUGUCGACCUGGAGCCUACUGUCGUCGACGAGGUUCGUACCGGAACCUACAGGCAGCUAUUCCACCCCGAGCAGCUAAUCACUGGAAAGGAAGAUGCGGCCAACAAUUAUGCCCGUGGCCACUACACGAUUGGCAAAGAACUCAUUGACCUAGUUCUCGAUCGUAUCCGCAAACUGGCUGACCAGUGCACCGGUCUUCAGGGCUUCCUUAUUUUUCACUCAUUCGGAGGAGGAACCGGAUCUGGUUUUACCUCUCUCCUCAUGGAGCGUUUGUCUGUAGAUUAUGGCAAGAAAUCGAAGCUAGAAUUUGCCGUCUAUCCUGCUCCUCAAGUAUCGACUGCCGUUGUUGAGCCCUACAACUCGAUUUUGACUACUCACACAACUCUUGAGCACUCUGACUGCGCCUUCAUGGUUGACAACGAGGCUAUCUACGACAUUUGUCGCCGCAAUCUCGACAUCGAACGUCCAACGUACACCAAUCUCAACCGUCUUAUCGGCCAAAUUGUCUCCUCGAUUACGGCUUCUCUUCGUUUUGAUGGCGCUCUGAACGUAGAUCUCACUGAGUUCCAGACCAACUUGGUGCCAUACCCCCGUAUCCACUUCCCGCUGGUUACCUACGCGCCUGUCAUUUCGGCCGAGAAGGCCUACCACGAGCAGCACACCGUUGCUGAGAUCACCAACGCAUGUUUUGAGCCAGCUAAUCAGAUGGUGAAAUGCGAUCCCCGUCAUGGCAAAUACAUGGCUUGCUGCCUUCUCUAUCGUGGCGACGUCGUGCCAAAGGACGUGAAUGCAGCUAUUGCUGCAAUCAAAACUAAGCGUACUAUUCAAUUCGUCGAUUGGUGCCCUACUGGUUUCAAGGUCGGUAUAAACUACCAGCCGCCAACCGUUGUCCCGGGCGGUGACACUGCCAAGGUUCCCCGUGCCGUGUGCAUGCUGUCCAAUACCACCGCUAUUGCUGAAGCCUGGGCUCGCCUUGACCACAAAUUUGAUCUGAUGUACGCUAAGCGUGCCUUUGUGCACUGGUACGUUGGCGAGGGCAUGGAGGAAGGCGAAUUCUCCGAAGCCCGCGAAGAUCUAGCCGCCCUCGAAAAGGAUUACGAGGAGGUUGGCAUCGACUCUAAUGAAGGGGGAGCCGAAGAUGACGGCGGCGACGAGUUCUAAGAAAACAUCCCAAGAAAGGAAAUUGUGCCACUUCAGAACAUUUAAAUCGUAAUGCUCGGUGUCCACUGAGGUUAAACGGAGAUGACAAAAAAAUAAUUUGAACAGUAUUAAAAUUAUUUGAACCGGAAAGAAUCCCUUGAUGUAUUAGGCUUACGGUGGAACUAGUAAAUUUUCCUAAUUUGUAGCGCUUGUGUAACAAUUA